AUGUCCGCCCCGUCGAGUCUCGACUCAUCUUUCAUUCUAGUCGAGGACGACAGAAUUCCAGCGGGACCCUCACCUUUGUCGAAAGAGCAGGUUACAGCCCAAGAAGAAGGUCAACCAGCUUUCCUUUCUUCCCAAAGCCCACCUGCGACGCCUCUUACAACGCCUACUUAUGCACACGAUUGGUCUCUCCGCGCGACGGGAGGGUUACGUAUCGACGGCCGGAAUAUUGUCGAUAGCGCGGGACGUGUGUGUAACUUGCGAGGAGUGAAUCUAUCGGGCUCUUGCAAGACACCAGCAGACCACGACCAUGAGAACUUCCCGGGCGACCACAGGUGCAUCACAUUUGUUGGACGGCCGUUCCCGUUGGAGGAAGCCCAUGAGCACUUUUCGCGUCUUCGCCGGUGGGGGUUGACAUUUAUUCGAUUCCUCGUAACCUGGGAAGCUGUCGAGCAUGGCGGACCUGGAGUGUAUGAUACUGAAUACUUAGAUUACAUCCGCGAACUCCUUUCGUUGCUGCCUAAGUACGGUAUGACAGCCUUCGUCUCGAUGCACCAGGACGUGUGGUCUCGAUACUGUGGGGGGUCAGGCGCUCCGGCGUGGACAUUAGAGGUUGUUGGGUUUGAUUUGCACGCUAUUGAGGAUGCCGGAGCUGCUUGGUUGCAUGGCCAGAGAGGCGGAGGACAUGUCGAGGCUGAGAGGGGAUUGUGGCCAUGUGGCUAUCAGAAGUUGUCUGCUGCAACUAUGGCAACGUGCUUUUGGGCCGGAAAUGUGUUCGCACCGAAGUUGCUGGUCAAGAAUAAACAUAAUCAAGAUGUGCCAAUCCAGGAAUUCUUACAAAACGCGUUCUUGGAUGCCUGGGAUAUGAUUGUGCGGGCAGUUGGAGAUCUUGAGGGUGUUCUUGGGUUCCAGAUGAAGAACGAACCUCAUCGAGGAUACAUCAAUGUUCCGUCGCUGCAUGCUUUCGACUACAACACCGAUCUUCAUUUAUCGCACGUCCCCUCAGCCUUUGAAUCAUUCCAACUGGGUGCUGGCCACCCUACCGAGGUUGCAACUUGGACGCGUUCAUUCCCAAUGCCAACGAAACACACUUCGCAUACCCUCCUUAAUACUUCAAAGACGAAGGCAUGGCGCCCAGAUGGCCCGACACAAGGUCGUUGCCUAUGGGAAUACCAUGAUGUUUGGAGGUGGAACACGACAACAGACAAAGCUGUCGUAUUACGGGAAAAUUACUUUCGGCAACACCCAGAUACCGGAAAGAAGAUCGAUUGGUAUACCGACUUCUACUACCCGUUCGCUGCGAAAUGGAGUGAACGAGUGAGGAUGGCAUCAUCUCCCUCGAAACUAAUAUUUUUGGAGCCUAUUCCGAACGAGUUCUGCCCAAAAUCGUGGACGAAAGAACAACGGCCAGCGAACAUGGUCUUUGUCCCACAUUGGUAUGACUUGAAGUCGUUGUUUGAGAAGGCAUUUGGGAACUUUAGUGUUAACGUCCAAGGCCUCUCCAGAGGCAUGUUCCCUCUCAAAGCGUUCUAUUGGGGUCAAAAGGGCGCCCGAGACAAUUUCUCGCUGCAGAUUAGAACUAUCGUCGAGCAUGGCUAUAAAUCCCUUGGAGAAACACCGGUUAUUUUGGGGGAAUGUGGCAUACCGAUGGAUAUGAACAAAAAGGAAGCCUUCGAGACAGACGACUUUACGUGGCAAGCUCGCAUGAUGGAUGCUAUGCUCACUGGUCUCGAGAAGGCUUUGAUUGGUUUCACACUGUGGAACUAUAAUCCGUAUAACGAUGAUCUGAAGGGUGACGACUGGAAUGGCGAGAACUUCUCAUGGUUCAGUAGGAAACGAGCUCUGCCACCGUCUUUGCUCUAUUAUGAGCAAGACGCUCCGUCGCUCGACAACGGUGGCCGGAUCCUGCCCUCCAUCGUCCGACCAUAUGCAGCCAAGACCGCCGGCGUCCCGCUCGGAGUCGACUACGAGAUGAACACUGGUAUCUUCACCUAUGAAUGGGCCAACCGCUCUGAAGAUGUUUCUGUGCCUACCACCAAGAGCGUGUCGAAUCCUCCUCUCGCCCUGCACACCCAGCUCACCUCCCGCCAAACCGAGAUUUUCCUCCCUUCGCAACUUACACAUUCGCGGAAAGUAAUUGUCCGAGGGCUCGAGAAGGACGACAAGUGGGCGUAUGAUGAGAGCCACCAGACGUUGUUCAUCACAACCCAGAAUGCAACCCCGGGCCACAAGCACACCGUAACUGUGGCCGUCUACCCGCCUCCUAGACCUAUAUUCUUUGUCAACGACUUCUGGAUCGACUUUGGUGGCAGGGUCAGGUCUGUCGUUGUUAUCCUCUUUGCUAUUCUCGUUUAUUGGCUGCUAUUUUGA